UUUGUAUGAGUGACGCUGGAGUGACUCCCAUUCACCCACCCAGUGGUUUGUUUUCCCAUAUGAAGCUGCACUGACCAAAGCUGUCUUGCCUGGGGCAGUGUCUAGGGGGUGAAGCAGCGACAUCCCUUCUCUGGUCCAACCGUUUCCAUGGCCAUCGUCUCCGUGGCCCAGCGCCCGAUAGCCUUGGUGCUCUUUGGCGUGUGGUGCUCUCUGCGCGUGGUGAGGAAUAUUGUUUAAUUAGCGGAGUUCCAGAAUAACCAAUUGCAUCACAGUGUGGGGAGUGGGAACCCACCUUACAUCCAUAUAUAAUAACGCCUGGGUCUGUGUGACACUGUAGCGCAUCGCAGGGAAGGGAGCCCUCUACCAGGUCCAGAUAGGGGACCAGAGAGUGGGAUUGAGUAGAGUGGAAUUUGGGCGGGGGUAAUGGAAGAGCAUUAUACUCCCUGUGAUGUGACUUCAUUCCAUGUAUAGGCGUGAAACAGACACGGGAUAGAGAUGGCAGAGGAGGUUGGGGAUGAGAAGAAGCAGGUGGCAAAGUUUGAGCUGGAGCGGGAGACGGAGCUUCGCUUUGAGGUGGAAGCCUCGCAGACCGUCCAGCUGGAGCUGCUGUCAGGCAUGGCAGAGAUCUUCGGCACCGAGCUGACCCGUAACAAGAAGUUCACUUUCGAUGCUGGUGCCAAGGUGGCUGUGUUCACGUGGCAUGGCUGCACGGUGCAGCUGAGCGGCCGCACUGAAGUAGCUUACAUAUCAAAGGACACACCCAUGCUGCUCUACCUCAACACCCACACAGCCCUGGAGCAGAUGCGGCGGCAAGCAGAGCGCGAGGAUGAGCGGGGGCCCCGGGUCAUGGUGGUGGGACCCACGGAUGUGGGUAAGUCGACAGUGUGCCGGCUGCUGCUGAACUACGCUGUGCGGCUGGGGCGCCGACCCACCUUCGUGGAGCUGGACGUGGGCCAAGGCUCGGUCUCCAUCCCUGGCACCAUGGGGGCACUGUAUAUCGAGCGGCCUGCUGAUGUAGAGGAGGGCUUCUCUGUCCAGGCCCCCCUGGUCUAUCACUUUGGCUCCACCACUCCAGGCACCAACAUCAAACUCUAUAACAAGAUCACAUCUCGCUUGGCUGACGUCUUUAACCAGCGCUGCGAAGUGAACCGCCGGGCUUCAGUCAGUGGCUGCGUUAUCAACACGUGCGGCUGGGUGAAGGGCUCAGGGUACCACGCCCUGGUUCAUGCUGCCUCAGCCUUUGAGGUCGAUGUGGUGGUAGUGCUGGACCAGGAGCGCCUAUACAAUGAGCUGAAGCGGGACCUGCCCCAUUUUGUGCGCACAGUGCUGCUCCCCAAAUCGGGUGGGGUGGUAGAGCGCUCCAAGGACUUCCGGCGGGAGUGCCGGGAUGACCGCAUCCGUGAGUACUUUUACGGCUUCCGUGGCUGCUUCUACCCCCACGCCUUCGAUGUCAAAUUCUCCGAUGUCAAGAUCUACAAGGUGGGGGCUCCCACCAUCCCUGACUCAUGCCUGCCCCUGGGCAUGUCGCAGGAGGACAACCAGCUCAAGCUUGUGCCAGUGACGCCGGGCCGUGACAUGGUGCACCACCUGCUGAGCGUCAGCACUGCUGAUGGCAGUGAGGAGAACAUCUCCGAGACUAGCGUGGCUGGCUUCAUCGUCGUCACUGGGGUGGACAUAGAUCGCCAAGUCUUCACAGUGCUGUCACCGGCACCUCGCCCACUGCCCAAGAACUUCCUUCUGAUCAUGGACAUCCGCUUCAUGGACCUUAAGUAGGGACUGCACUGGAGCAGAAGAGGUGGAGUCCACCAGGACUAUUGUGUCUCUGUUGUGGACAGAACUUUUACCAAUUGAAGAGGGUGGAGACUGCCACACAGACUGAAUCAUCUGAAACCAGUGUGGGAAGGGGUAGAGGCUGCUGUCCAGAUCAAACCAUUGGGAGAAACCAAAGUGGGUCAGGUGAGGUUUGCGGAUUAAUUUGUAGACGGAAGCAGGGAGGGAAUGUGGGAUUAAAUGUAACUGUAAAUGAUUCACUGUCUACAUCCUUCUCUAGGUUCCCUUCUCCUUCUUAGAUUUCAGUCACUGAAAUCUGGACCCAUUGUCCCUUUUACACAGUCAGUGCUUUGUGGUCUCCUUUUGUAGGAGAGGAUCAAUAUUGUUUUAUAUUUUUGUAAUUUUAAUAAAUUUCCUGGUAUUUUGCUGGUC